GCCAAUUCUGGUACUGCAAGUACAUGACGGGGCUACUACAUCGCACUACGCUGGCUGGAUUUGCCGCAUGUGCCAACAGAGUCAUUACGAGGCCGGCCACUAUUCUAGCACGGAGUGGAUCAGUUCUAUCCGCAGUGUUGAUCGCCGUUGCGUGCACGGUUGGAUCGUCAUUGCGACCUCUUGUUUCCGUAAUCAUGUUGGUCGCAAGGGGUGUCUAUCGGUUCAGUCUCACACUGGACGGCUCUGCGCCGUCGAAGGGGUACCCCCUGAUACCCCGUGCCCUAGAAGGCGUGUUGUACCGCUGCUCGCAUGGCGAAGGAUAAGAUGUUGCAGAUGGCAAGCUUCGAAAGAAAGAAAGACAAGUGGGACAAGAGACGGGAGACCGAGCGUGGCAGUGGCCGAGUGAACGAGAAGACCACGAAGAAGGGCCAGAAGGAAGAGCAGCACGCCCGCCUGAAGGAGAUGAAGGACGGGCGCACCAGGCGUGUGGCCGACGGCAAGGUCUGGAGAGUUCAGCUGGUAGCAUCCCUCGCCAUCAUUGCCGCGUACGUGGUGGUGCUGCUCUUCGCCCUCCCUCGCGGAGGCGGCGGGGCCCCCGCGGAGGGCGCGGAGCAGGCUGCGGCGCCCCUGCUGCUGCCCGCGGCCGUCACCGCGGCGGCGGCCAUCGCGCUCGCGGGCGUGUGCUGGUCCAUGUCGGGCUGGCGCGACCAGCUCGCCAGGGAGGAGGAGCAGCGCGAGGCGGCCAGCCAGGUCAAGGGCCAGCUGGAGAGGAAGCUCACAGAGCGAGAGCGCGAGCAGCGCGCGAAGGCGCGGCGGCAGCAGCAGGCCAGGGAGGUGCGGGCCCGCCUGCAGCGGCGGGCCGAGGAGCAGGCGCAGUCCCUGCAGCAGGCCCGCGAGAUUGCGCGCGUGCUCCGCCUGCGGCGGGAGCGGCGCCUGGCCGAGGAGGCUGCGGAGGCGGCGCACAGGGCGGACGGGGGCAGGCUCGACGAGCGGGGCUGGAGCGACGCGCAGCGGCGCAGCCUGCGGGAGGCGGCCGCCAAGUACCCCGAGGGCUGGAGCCACGCGCGCAGGCAGCGCUGGGACAUGAUCGCCGCCGAGGUCGAGGGCCACGACGCGAGGGCGUGCGAGGAGGAGCUCGCGCGCAUGGAGGCGGAGGCGCGAGAGGCCGCCGCCCGCGCCAAGCUGGAGCGCCAGCGGGCACCUCCCGGCGCAGAGCCUGCCACGCGCAGCCUGGAGGACGACCUUGACUGGAUGGGCUGCCAGGGGGCGGGCGGGUCCGAGGACGGCGCGCCCGACGACGACAUGGAGGAGGACGAGGACGAGGACGAGGAGUUUCAGCGGCCACGGAUGGCUCUGGAGCUGGAGCCCGAGCACAAGGGCACCGAGAUCAGGCUGCUCGGCAUCAAGGCCAUGCAGGGCUGCGCCGGCAUCCAGGUGGAGCUGUUGCACCUCCAGCUGACAUGUGCGGACUGUCGCAGCUCCACCCAAGUCUACCUCUCUGGCGCAGACGAAGACGCCUGUGAUGCGAAGACGUGGUGCGAGGGCUGCUCAGGGCUCAUCUCGGUGCACCUGCGACCGACCCUGCUACACGCCCAGAGCUCGCGAUUGUGCUACGUAGACUGCGUACGCUGCGUGGUAACCGACAUGCUGCCGUCGGUUCUCAUGAGCAACUGUGCAGAGUGCGAUGCGCCUAACGUGCACAAGCAGGAGUUCCUGAGGAAUAGGAUGGUACAUGGAACAUGCUUCGAGUGUCACAGCAAGUACGUCUUCGGAGCGGAGUCAAUAAAGAUUGAACAGGUUACGCCGUGCGAUCCUGGGAAGAGUUGCCGCAUGGACGGAGCAAAGAAGCAGGCGGGGGAUAACGACACGGAUCCCAUGGACGAGAUUGCAGAGGAGCUCAGGUACCUGAGGAAGAAGGCGAAAUCGGACCCCCGGCAGCAGCUGAUAAAAUUGGGCAGCCAGUUGCCGCAGAUGGGAGCGUGCAAGCAUUUCAAGAAGUCGUACAAGUGGUACCGCUUCGCCUGCUGUGGCCGCGCGUUCCCGUGCCCCGAGUGCCACGUGGAGUCGGGGUGCCCUGCCGCCGCGUUGGGUGCUCACGCGAGUCGUAUGAUCUGUGGCAAGUGCUCCAUGGAGCAGACGUAUUCCCCUGCUCGCGCUUGCGAAAAGUGCGGUUUCAGUAUGCAGCCCAAGGGCAGCGCCCAUUGGGAUGACGGCGCGGGGACACGAAAUCUGGCCGUGAUGUCCUCCAAGGACGCGAAGAAGUUCAAAGGAGGCUUGCGCCAGGCGAACUCAAAAGUCAAGACAAGCAGCCAGAAAAACGCCCGCGUGGGAGCCAAGGCCAAGGCGGCGCGGGAGCACGCGCAGAAGUUCGGCAGGGGCGAGUGAGUCCGAGAAUUCGGGCUCCCUCUGGCCCCUCCCGCGCUCCCCUGCCCUCGUCCAUUCCACCCUCUCUGCCCCGUGCUUUCUUGUUUCCCAUUAUUCAGCACGCGCGGCGUGUACAUAGUGCAUGGCGUAGACCUUGUGCUGCGACAUUAACACGCAUAUAGCGGUUGCUUAUUGUUGAAGGGCGGCGCCGUCUCACAUCAGUCGCCCAGGCUCGUGAGCCGUGGCAUGGCCCUGCGAGUCCGCGAAUAUUAUUUCGUGUUGGAGUCAGGUAUCGCACAUGGGGCUGGCCAGCCAGGCCGCUCGUGGGGGCCCUGAACUGCGCCGCGACGACCGCUCCUGCACCCCUGCUCGUCCCUC